AUGUCAAGCCAAGCCGUGGUCACGUUUGUGCGGAUCAAGGCUGGCGAAAGAGGUGAGGGUGACGCGUGGAGGCGUGUGCAGGGAGGAGGAGGAGGGAGGGAGACCCCAGGAACCUCACGUUCUUCUAACCGACGUGUGCUUCUAACCGACAUAUGUGCACAGCUCAUGGAUGAAUGCAUUGCUAAGGAUGCGCACUCAUCGCCUCUCGGCCUGGACAACAUGACAGUCAUCAUCGCACAGCUCAAACCCACCAUGUGGCAAUCCCCUCCUUUGCCUCCCAAAGAAUCCUGCGAGGCCUCUUUCACCUUUGACAAACCGACACAUUAG